UUGAAGGAUUACGAACAUGCUGCUGCCUUCACACGGUUAACUGGGACGGUGCUGACCUCUGAGCGUGCUACCCAGUUAUAAUGUUAAUUUAAAAGUGUAUGGUUUGGGGCUAAUUUAACACCUUGGGGAAACUGGCAAAAUGUCCUUGGCUCUUAUAGGAAGACACCUCAUUACCAGCUCUUGGUGUCGGAGAUGGAGCAGUCUUCAACACAUGUCCAGAAAGUUCAUCUACUCAAGACACCAGACCUGCUCUUCCAUACUCCUCACCACGAAUCGAUGUGGGCAGCUGCCUUCCAGAUAUGUCGUAGGUUCUCUUCUCCAAGCCCAGUCAUUCCACUGUUCUUCACUGAGACCUAAGAAGCACCAGCCAGAUGAGCCACCUCCUCGAGAACUUGACUUGCUUCGUUAUGAUAUGAGAGACCUGAAGAAAGCCCCCAAACCAGCACUCUAUCUUGGAUUUUCUGGUCUCAUACCGUUUGUAUCAGCUCCUUUACUUAUGGCAGUUACAGAGGCAUACCUUCCUGAGGUAGCUUAUGCUCAGGUUGUGUAUGGAGCCUCAAUCGUCUCUUUUCUUGGAGGAGCCCGCUGGGGCUUUGCCUUACCGGAGAGCAGCCCAGCAAAGCCAGACUGGCUGAACCUAGCCAACAGUGUAGUUCCCUCCCUAAUAGCUUGGCUAGCCCUCCUUUUUAGCCAUAACAUUAUUCAGGCUGGCAUGAUUGUGAUCAUUGGGCUUGGCAUAUCACUCCAUUAUGACCUGUCUCUUCUCCCCACAUACCCCAGCUGGUUCAAGGCAUUGAGGACAAUCCUCACUACGGUCGCUUUCUUCUCUUUGCUGGGCACUUUGGUUAUUAAAGGAUUUUAUCCAGAGAAGAGAUACCUCACAGACUAAUGAGUUAUAUAUAUAUAUAUAUA